AUGUCCAGCCUUCGCAACUUCGCCUUCCUCAGGAAGAAAACAGACACCAAAGACGCCCCAAAACCUCCCAGCCUCCGUCCAUUCCUCCUCAGUCUUCCUCGAGAACAAGCAAUGUCCAUCAUCAACUCCUCCCGCCCUCCCAAACCUGUCGAACCCAAGAAUUCCGCUGAUAUGAGCGACCCUGUUCGUGACAGACCAGGCAGCCUUAUUCGAGGUGCCAGAAGCGAUAUCUCCAACCAGCCAAGGAUCUAUGUACCAUUUGCUCCCCAGCCAAGUGAUCUGGCGAAGCUCAUGUCCUCUCAAAAACCUGGCGUGAAAUGUCAAAAAUGCAACUCGAACAUUGUACUCACCAAGGUCCUAAAGGACAAUGGGAGCCGUAAUGUUGAAAACUCACAUCUUGGCGAGAUCUUCAAUUUUACGAAAGACCACGAUGAAACUGGUACUCCCAUUACAAUCGAGCUUGUUUGGGCUUGUCGUAUCAAUCGACAUGUCUUCCCUGCACCUGGAAACGAGAUGCUAACAGCUCCGGUCAUUCAAACCAUCAUCAUCGACCCCGAAACUGGUGGUCCCAAACGUCUCACGUUCGCUGGUGCCCAACGAUGGGUCAACCAAAUGCGAGAGCUAAUGCGCAUGGGAGACGUCAGCCGCGCCAAAGAGUGUAUGACCGAGAUCGUUCAAAUGAAUGAAGGUAUGAAGAAGGAAAGCUUCACCUGGCUGGAGAAGGAAAAGGCCAGUCGAAUGUCCGCAUCGCUCUCCCUGCCAAAGAAGAUCGUCUUUCAACAAGACCAACAGCAGGAAGGGCAACCAAGGAAGCCAGAGGAACUUGAAGGACAGAAGUUACUUGAACAGUUUUUCGACGAGGAAGGUGAUGUUCUCUAUCAGAUGAUCACGAGCGACGAUGAUAAUAUCGAAUACAGUGGUCUUGCCAUUGACUCCAGCAGCGAGAGCAAUCCAUCAGACAUGGCCGCUACCGCCAACGACAAGCAGCCAAUGGAAGAGCCACCAACGGUUCCUGACGUCAAAGUUACUGUCACGGUCGUCACCAAUCCUCAAAACGACAAAGGAAACGCCGAAGAAACCCCUUCUCUGGACGACAAAUCCGUCAAGUCAACCAAAACCUCCAUCUCCAACUCCACUAUGUCCAAUGCUUCCCUUCCUAAGGAAACAGAACACCCAACAACGAUCGCCACGAUGGAAGACAAGGUCGUCUCAAAGCGUCUAUCUAAACGCUUCUCCCUCACAAAUAUGCUCACCGGCUUCAAGAAGGUUUCUCCUUCGAUUAAACGCAUCGAGGGGAAACAUGACCUUGGCAAGUACGCUGAAGAACAAGCUGCUGCGGCCACAAACACCGUGGCCAUGUUACCGGCCCAAGCAGAGUCUAUGUCCCUCCAUGAGAUGCUUCAAGAGCCCUUCCAUAGAAUUGCUGAGGAGUCUUUGAAGGAUCUUUCCGGGUAUAUGGCUGCUUCUUCCUCCAGCAUCUCCAAUACCACCAUUGGCUCCACUAAGCCCGAGAUGCCGGAGAAUUCCCUUGCUAACAUCUCUAGCGAGGGUAUUCAGUCGGACACGCCGAGCUUUGUGACGGAUAAGUCGGGGGCUGGAAAUGAUAGUACCCAAGACAUUGAACACGGCCUCACGGUCGUUACUAUCACCUCCGAGCCAGCUAGCAAGAACUUUGAGGACGAGUAA